GGGAAAGUGAUGAGUCCAAAAAAGUAGUCCCUCUCUUCCCCUAGUUCCCCUCCUGCCGCAGCGGUCAGCGAGGCCGGAACGCACUGCGUCCCGAAUUCCUGCGCCCGUUGUGCCGCGGCGCUCCGUGGAGGGGUACAUCGGACGGAGGGGGUGAGGUGACUGGGGCGGAGUUCUGUCGCCGGGAUCCCUCCGCAGGGCUCAGCCGUUUCCGGAGUCUGCGCUGCGCCCGGUUCCGCCAUUGCGGCUGUCCCGGACCCUGGAGCCUCCGCCCCCGACCCGAGCUCUCGUCUGUCUGCCAGUUUCCUGCGUCCCCGGAGAGUAUCUUGCUGAGCCCAGCCUACCCCCUCCCCUUUCUCCUCCUCUCCCUUGGAGAGUCCGGGCAGCCGCUGCCCCGCAGCCCCAGUGACAGGAGGAGCCCAUACCCCCGACAGCGCCAUGGCCCAGAUUCUGCCAAUUCGUUUUCAGGAGCAUCUCCAGCUCCAGAACCUGGGUAUAAACCCAGCAAACAUUGGCUUUAGUACCCUGACUAUGGAGUCAGACAAAUUCAUCUGCAUUAGAGAGAAAGUAGGAGAGCAAGCUCAAGUGGUAAUCAUUGAUAUGAAUGACCCAAGUAAUCCAAUUCGAAGACCAAUUUCAGCAGACAGCGCCAUCAUGAAUCCAGCUAGUAAAGUAAUUGCAUUGAAAGCUGGGAAAACUCUUCAGAUAUUUAACAUUGAAAUGAAAAGUAAAAUGAAGGCCCAUACCAUGACUGAUGAUGUCACCUUUUGGAAAUGGAUCUCUUUGAAUACGGUUGCUCUUGUUACGGAUAAUGCAGUUUACCAUUGGAGUAUGGAAGGAGAGUCUCAGCCAGUGAAAAUGUUUGAUCGCCAUUCUAGCCUUGCAGGUUGCCAGAUUAUCAAUUAUCGUACAGAUGCAAAGCAAAAGUGGUUACUUCUGACUGGCAUAUCUGCACAGCAAAAUCGUGUGGUGGGAGCUAUGCAGUUGUAUUCUGUAGAUAGGAAAGUGUCUCAGCCCAUUGAAGGACAUGCAGCUAGCUUCGCACAAUUUAAGAUGGAAGGAAAUGCAGAAGAAUCAACGUUAUUUUGUUUUGCAGUACGGGGUCAAGCUGGAGGGAAGUUACAUAUCAUUGAAGUUGGCACACCACCUACAGGGAACCAGCCCUUUCCAAAGAAGGCUGUGGAUGUUUUCUUUCCUCCAGAAGCACAAAAUGACUUUCCUGUUGCAAUGCAGAUCAGUGAAAAGCAUGAUGUAGUAUUCUUGAUUACUAAGUAUGGUUAUAUCCACCUGUAUGACCUUGAGACCGGUACGUGCAUCUACAUGAAUAGAAUCAGUGGAGAAACAAUCUUUGUUACUGCACCUCAUGAAGCCACAGCUGGAAUAAUUGGAGUAAACAGAAAGGGACAAGUUCUAUCAGUAUGUGUGGAAGAAGAAAACAUAAUUCCGUAUAUCACCAAUGUCCUACAAAAUCCUGAUUUGGCUCUGAGAAUGGCUGUACGUAACAACUUAGCUGGUGCUGAAGAACUCUUUGCCCGGAAGUUUAAUGCUCUUUUUGCCCAGGGAAAUUACUCAGAGGCAGCAAAGGUGGCUGCUAAUGCACCCAAGGGAAUCCUCCGUACCCCAGACACUAUCCGUCGAUUCCAGAGUGUCCCAGCCCAGCCAGGCCAAACUUCUCCUCUACUUCAAUAUUUUGGCAUACUUUUGGACCAAGGCCAGCUAAACAAAUAUGAAUCCCUAGAACUGUGUAGGCCUGUACUUCAGCAAGGACGGAAACAGCUUUUGGAGAAAUGGUUAAAAGAAGAUAAGCUGGAAUGUUCUGAAGAACUAGGUGACCUUGUGAAAUCUGUGGACCCUACAUUGGCACUUAGUGUGUACCUAAGGGCUAAUGUCCCAAAUAAAGUCAUUCAGUGCUUUGCAGAAACUGGUCAAGUUCAGAAGAUUGUUUUGUAUGCUAAAAAAGUUGGAUAUACUCCAGACUGGAUCUUUCUGCUGAGAAAUGUCAUGCGUAUCAGUCCAGAUCAGGGACAGCAGUUUGCUCAAAUGUUGGUUCAGGAUGAAGAACCUCUUGCUGAUAUCACACAGAUUGUGGAUGUCUUUAUGGAAUACAAUCUAAUUCAGCAGUGUACUGCAUUCUUGCUUGAUGCCCUGAAGAAUAAUCGCCCAUCUGAAGGUCCUUUACAGACUAGGUUGCUUGAGAUGAACCUUAUGCACGCACCUCAGGUUGCAGAUGCUAUUCUAGGGAAUCAGAUGUUCACACAUUAUGACCGGGCUCAUAUUGCUCAGCUGUGUGAAAAGGCUGGUCUGCUGCAACGUGCAUUAGAACACUUCACUGAUUUAUAUGAUAUUAAGCGUGCAGUUGUUCACACCCAUCUUCUUAACCCUGAGUGGUUAGUGAACUACUUUGGAUCCUUAUCAGUAGAAGACUCCCUAGAAUGCCUCAGGGCCAUGCUGUCUGCCAAUAUUCGCCAAAAUCUGCAGAUAUGUGUUCAAGUGGCUUCUAAGUAUCACGAACAACUGUCAACUCAGUCUCUGAUCGAACUGUUUGAAUCUUUCAAAAGUUUUGAAGGUCUCUUUUAUUUUCUGGGAUCCAUUGUUAACUUCAGUCAGGAUCCAGAUGUGCACUUUAAAUAUAUUCAGGCAGCUUGCAAGACUGGGCAGAUCAAAGAAGUAGAAAGAAUCUGCCGAGAAAGCAACUGCUAUGAUCCUGAGCGAGUCAAGAAUUUUCUCAAGGAAGCGAAGCUAACAGAUCAAUUACCACUCAUCAUUGUGUGUGAUCGAUUUGACUUUGUCCAUGAUUUGGUGCUGUACUUAUAUAGAAAUAAUCUUCAAAAGUAUAUAGAGAUAUAUGUACAAAAGGUGAAUCCAAGUCGACUUCCUGUGGUUAUUGGAGGGUUACUUGACGUUGAUUGCUCUGAAGAUGUCAUUAAAAACUUGAUUCUUGUUGUAAGAGGUCAAUUUUCUACUGAUGAGCUUGUUGCUGAGGUUGAAAAAAGAAACAGGUUGAAACUGCUUCUGCCAUGGCUAGAGGCCAGGAUUCAUGAGGGCUGUGAGGAGCCUGCUACUCACAAUGCGUUAGCCAAAAUCUACAUAGACAGUAAUAACAACCCAGAGAGAUUUCUUCGUGAAAAUCCUUAUUAUGACAGUCGUGUUGUUGGAAAAUAUUGUGAGAAGAGAGAUCCACAUCUGGCCUGUGUUGCUUAUGAGCGUGGCCAGUGUGAUCUGGAACUUAUUAAUGUUUGCAAUGAGAACUCUCUCUUCAAAAGUCUUUCCCGCUAUCUGGUACGCCGAAAGGAUCCAGAAUUGUGGGGCAGUGUGCUGCUGGAAAGCAAUCCUUACAGGAGACCUCUAAUUGACCAGGUUGUGCAGACAGCCUUGUCUGAGACUCAGGACCCUGAAGAAGUGUCAGUAACUGUCAAGGCUUUUAUGACGGCAGACCUUCCGAAUGAACUUAUUGAACUGCUGGAGAAAAUUGUUCUUGAUAACUCUGUAUUCAGUGAACACAGGAAUCUGCAAAACCUCCUAAUCCUCACUGCAAUCAAGGCUGAUCGUACCCGUGUUAUGGAGUAUAUUAACCGCCUGGAUAAUUAUGAUGCCCCAGAUAUUGCCAAUAUUGCCAUCAGCAAUGAGCUCUUUGAAGAAGCAUUUGCCAUUUUCCGGAAAUUUGAUGUCAAUACUUCAGCAGUGCAGGUUUUAAUUGAACAUAUUGGAAACUUGGAUCGGGCAUAUGAAUUUGCUGAACGCUGCAAUGAGCCUGCGGUCUGGAGUCAGCUUGCAAAAGCCCAGUUGCAGAAAGGAAUGGUGAAAGAAGCCAUUGACUCUUAUAUCAAAGCAGAUGACCCUUCGUCCUACAUGGAAGUUGUUCAGGCUGCCAAUACUAGUGGAAACUGGGAAGAACUGGUAAAGUACUUGCAGAUGGCCCGCAAGAAGGCUCGUGAGUCCUAUGUGGAGACAGAAUUGAUAUUCGCACUGGCUAAAACAAACCGCCUUGCAGAGUUAGAAGAGUUCAUCAAUGGGCCAAAUAAUGCUCAUAUCCAACAAGUUGGUGACCGUUGUUAUGAUGAAAAAAUGUAUGAUGCUGCUAAGUUGUUGUACAACAACGUUUCCAAUUUUGGACGCUUGGCAUCUACCCUGGUUCACCUGGGUGAAUAUCAGGCAGCUGUUGAUGGAGCUAGGAAAGCAAACAGUACCCGAACAUGGAAAGAGGUCUGCUUUGCCUGUGUAGAUGGGAAAGAAUUCCGUCUUGCUCAGAUGUGUGGGCUGCAUAUUGUAGUACAUGCAGAUGAAUUAGAGGAACUUAUCAACUACUAUCAGGAUCGUGGAUAUUUUGAAGAACUGAUAACAAUGUUGGAAGCAGCUCUGGGACUUGAGCGAGCUCAUAUGGGGAUGUUCACCGAAUUAGCCAUUCUUUAUUCUAAAUUUAAGCCACAAAAAAUGAGGGAGCACUUGGAGCUGUUCUGGUCCAGAGUGAAUAUACCUAAGGUGCUAAGAGCUGCAGAACAAGCUCAUCUUUGGGCAGAAUUGGUGUUUUUGUAUGACAAGUAUGAAGAAUAUGAUAAUGCCAUAAUUACCAUGAUGAAUCAUCCCACUGAUGCAUGGAAAGAAGGGCAGUUCAAAGAUAUCAUUACGAAGGUUGCCAAUGUGGAAUUAUACUACAGAGCAAUACAGUUCUACUUAGAAUUCAAGCCUCUGUUGUUAAAUGAUUUGCUGAUGGUGCUGUCUCCACGGUUGGAUCAUACUCGUGCAGUCAAUUAUUUCAGCAAGGUUAAACAGCUACCCCUGGUGAAACCAUAUUUGCGUUCAGUUCAGAACCACAACAACAAAUCUGUGAAUGAAUCACUGAACAACCUCUUUAUUACAGAAGAAGAUUAUCAGGCUCUGCGGACAUCAAUAGACGCUUACGACAACUUUGACAAUAUCUCACUUGCUCAGCGUUUGGAAAAACAUGAACUCAUUGAGUUCAGGAGAAUUGCUGCUUAUCUCUUCAAAGGCAACAAUCGCUGGAAACAGAGUGUAGAGCUGUGCAAGAAAGAUAGCCUGUACAAGGAUGCAAUGCAGUAUGCCUCUGAAUCUAAAGAUACUGAGUUGGCUGAAGAACUCCUACAGUGGUUUUUGCAGGAAGAAAAAAGAGAGUGCUUUGGAGCUUGUCUCUUUACCUGUUAUGAUCUUUUAAGGCCAGAUGUUGUCCUGGAAACUGCCUGGAGGCACAAUAUCAUGGAUUUUGCCAUGCCCUAUUUCAUCCAGGUCAUGAAGGAAUAUUUGACAAAGGUGGAUAAAUUAGAUGCUUCAGAAUCACUGAGAAAAGAAGAAGAACAAGCUACAGAGACGCAACCUAUUGUUUAUGGUCAGCCCCAGUUGAUGCUGACAGCAGGACCCAGUGUUGCAGUCCCUCCCCAGGCACCUUUUGGCUAUGGUUAUACUGCACCACCCUAUGGGCAGCCACAGCCUGGCUUUGGGUACAGCAUGUGAAACGGAAAGCUGAUCCUGUAGUCGCCUAUUUUCGUACUGAAACAUCGUCUCUACCCACUUCUCAGUUUAUAACAGAGGAAAACAGGCACAUGUUCUUGUAACCUUUAUUUCAUGAAGGACUGCGUUUUGUUUCUAACUAUAAACUUGGAUCACCUAUGUUAAAAGCUUAUUUCACAUUCCGCAUCAUUUUAGAAUUUAUUUUCAAAGGGGAAUAGUUUCAAUGUUUUAUUCAUCUGGGCUUUUUUUCUUCCCUUUUGUUCUUUGAAGAACUGCCUAAUAUUCAAUCUGUUGUGAAGAACCUGAUUUGCACUCUGUAGUGUUUAAAGAAAAACUCUAAUAUUGAAGCUCUUAAAUUUAGUGUAUGUAAACAGCUUACAAUAUGUAUUGUCUAAAUGCAUUUAAAUCUCUUUUAUUCAAAGAAAAGCUAAAGCAAAAAUAUUGGUAUCUGACCAUGCAAGACUGUCAAUGCAACAAAGACAACACUAAUCAUUAUCAGCACAUCCUACACUGGACUACAGUGCGCUCUCCAAAGUAUUGGGAAAAUGCAUUACAGACAACUUGCCUGACUUUUCAAUGAGCAUAAGAGGCCCUCUAACCUAUGCAGGUUUCCUGAUUACGCAUAUAGAAAAUGCUAGUGUGUUUUUGCUCACUCCAUAUGUAACAGGUGCCCUUAUGUUGUGCUGUAUCCUGUGCUUUUUCUGUGGGACCAUUCCAUUCAAGAACAAAGAGCACCAUGAUUCCAAUCUGUGUGUAUUUACUAACCCUUCCCUGAGGUUUGUGUAUGUUGGAUAUUGUGGUGUUUUAGAUCACUGAGUGUACAGAAGAGAGAAUUCAAACAAAAUAUUGCUGUUCUUCAGUUUUGUUUGUGGAAUUUGAAAAUACUCAAAUUUAAAAUAAAUUACUGGACUGUGGAAAUAACAUGUAGAAUGGCAGUUUUAAUUAAAUACCUCUCAAACUUAAACCAAAGGAAACCAUGGUUUUGGUAGUUCCAUAUUGGAUUCCAAGGGUAGGGAGGUAUGAGAGCAGAAAUGGAAUGAGGAUCAGGACAUGUGAAAACACAUAUCACAUUUAUAACAUAAGGCACACUAUAGUGGGCUACAUUUCAGCUAUCUCCAUCAUAUUAACCAAGUGGCACUUUUAAGUUUUAUCUAAGCAUUUUACUUCAAUGAACAAGGUCAUGAUAUGAAAUUAUAUUAACUUGAUAUAAACAUAUAGAAACAUGUAGUUCAUGCUAUUCCUCACCAUGAAAUUGUAAGGGUCCCCAAAUUAUGGGUAGUUUAAGGUGAUUUUUUUUUUAAAUCAGUGUUUGAAUCCAACUCUUGGCUGAUGGUUAAGAAUGUUACUUUAAGUUCAUUUCACUAUUAAUUAUCAGGAGAGUUAGAGAGCCCCCUACUUAGCCUUGUAUUGCCACAGAAGGGUUUGUUUUUUUUUAACUUAGAACCUCUUUUCGUUCCCUAUCUUUAAUUCCCACCCUAUUUUCCUAUAGGAAAUUACAGUAUUAGCUGGAAAAUCACCCUUUUUUUUGUUUGUCCUAGUGAAGACAUCUUGCUAUUCAGGAUCUGGCUGCACUUUUGUUUCUGCUGGAUCUCUGCUCCUUGUUUUCAUCAUCAUGAAAAUUAAGAGGGAGAAUAGUAAUGGUCCUAGUGAGCCUAUUCUUUUCAGACUCAACAUGUGUUCUAGACCUUCAGUCUCCUAGAUCUUCAGUCUCUUCCCUCCCUUCUCUAAUAGAAUCAAAAUAAAAUACUUCAGUUAAGGUUUUCUUACAGCAUACUUUAAAACUUUUUUUUUAAGAACAACAAAAAAAUCUUGUGCUGUAAUACUGAGUUGCCACUUAAGCCUUCUAUAAUGGGCUAUAGUAGAAAGAGGAACUGCUUUGACUUGUGUUCAAAUCUUGAACAAGAUGAACUUCUGAGUUUGUUCCCUGAGUAAUUUUUGGAAUUCUUUGCAAGACUGUGUUUAAAUCACAAAAUGCAUAGCUCAAGACUAGACAAUAGUAAGUGUUGUACAAUAAGUAGUAGAAUGAAUUGGUAAUAAACUGUAUUUUAAAGGAUUUCCUAACAUGACUCUGAAUGAUGGUCUUGGAGAAGGGAUUAAAAACAAUUAACCAAGGGUACUACGAGUCCUUAGCACUUUUGAUGUAACUGAAACAGGAUAGAGGAAGGGGAGACAUUACUGGGAAACUUUUCAUAAGGUAAGCAUGCUUUCAGUGAUCUUCCCUAAUAUCCAAAUACAGCCUUUGUACAAAACCUGUGAUGUUUGUUGACAACUAUUUCAACAUAGGUAGUAUAACAGCAGAAGACUAACGGCUGAUCUCCGAGUAGGGCCGCUUAAGUUUGCUGUAAAUUGAUUUAGUCAUGCAGACAUUCUCACUCUAGUGGUUCUCAAACUUUUUCUUUAGGAUCCUUUCAUACUCUUAAAUCAUUGAAGAUCCCAAAGAGUUUCAGUUUAUAUGGGGUUGCAUUUAUUGAUAUUUACUGUAUUAGUAGUUAAAACAAAUUUUAAAAAUUAUUAAAUCCAUUUAAAUGUAAUAGUAAUAAACUCAUUCCAUGUUAACAUAAAGAAUUAUAAAUUAACUGUAUGUCCCAAAACAAAGGACAAGUGAUAAGAGUGGCUGGCAUUGUACUAUUUUUUAAUAACUUUCUUCAGAGUUUGUCUUAACAGAAGACUGCUGGAUUCUCAUCUGCUUCUAUAUUCAAUCUGUUAUGUUUUUGUUGAAGUACAUGAAGAAAGUAUGGUUUCACUGAUUUGUAACUAGGAAAGUAUUUUAAUAGCCUUUUUAGAUACUUGGGGUUAGUUGAAAUGUGGAAUCUGAAAUUAUAAAAGUGAACUUUUCAUACUGUUGUAUUAAAAUCCAUUGGUCUAUCUUUA